AUGCGACAAUCCACUGAGGUUGACAAAGCUAGUCUCCACAAUCUGUGGAAAUUCGUAGACAUUAUGCGAUCCUGUAACUAUACAAAUCUUCACAUAGAGAAGCACUCGCUAACGUCCUCAGCUCAUCCUUGCCCGAUGUUUUCUUUAUCUUCACGCAACUGCCAGCAGUGCUUGCCAGCCUAUGGACAAAGGCUAUACAAACACGUGUCGUACGCAGAUAAUUCAUUUAAGCAGAAUGCACGUGAACACCGUAAACGUUCUAUAGUUUUUGUUUAUAAGAAUGAACUAGCAACUGCCGAGAACAUCAAAGACCAAACCCCAGGAUUUUAUUCUCAGCAACUGUACAAACUUGUUCUGCAAGCUGCCUCUAUUUAUACCCAUUUUGUAGCUGGGGCUGCGGCACCAACCGCAAUGGCAUUGUUUUCACCAAUGCCUGCAAUUAAUCCGAAUUUCCUUGGAUCAUCGAUAGGUACCUACCUAGAAUCAACCUCAAAUAUUCAGAAUGUUUCGAUGUUACCGAUGAUGUUCAACACUAACAUCAAAUUGAAUUUUUUACUCUUGUCGCUUUGCUUUGUGUUCAAUAAUUUGCAAACGGUUCAUAGUUUACAAAGAAGGCAUAAAGCCGUCUUCCCUUCGCUACCAACAUCGCCACCAUCAUCGUUAAUAGGUGAGCAUAAGGCGCGAUCAAUAGUAAAAUCAUCUUGGCCCGGUCCCGAACUUCGUAUAAUACGUAAAGUUUACGAUGAUUGUCAUAAUAGAAACAAUUUCAUCGAUUGUUUAAAACAAAAAGCGUUAAAUGGUUUGACAAGAGCCAUCAAUCUAGACUCCAUCAAAAUUAUGGAGGGAGUCAUUUUAGAAAAACAAAAUGACACUGAAAAGCAGAGCAUCAUUCCAGUCCUAACUGAUGCCAGAUCGUUUAAUAGUCUGGCGCCUAUAGAUCAAGCUUUGAUGUCAAAGCUGGAUAAACUCGCGCGGACCCAUUCGCUCAAAGUGGAUAUGAGCGUGGGCCGAGGUCACGAUGACGAAGGCGGCGACGACAAAAAGGAGAAGGAUAAAAGUACUGGAGUGAAAUAUGUAAUAGCCGCCCUACUCACUGCCAUGGGCAUAGCGGGACCGAUUGGUCUUAAAGCUCUGGCGGCUAUAGCCGGCAAAGCGCUGGUCAUUAGUAAAGUCGCCCUAACCAUAGCCAGUAUAAUUGCUUUGAAAAAACUCUUCUCACACGAUCACCACGAAGAGACCAGUGUUCAAGUUCAUGCUGGAGAUCAUAAUCGACGCAGUACCUAUGUUAUCCGCCCCUUACAGAAAACUAAUUCACCGAAUAUUGGCAUGACUGACGCACACUAUGCCGAUCCAUAUCGUUACUAUUACGAAUAUCAUUAA